AUGUCUGAUCAUCAGCAUAGUAAUAACUUUUUGAAAAACUUGUCGCAGAAAAAGUACGCGUGGAUGGAGGAAGCUACAGCACCUGUGUCGCCUGUAGCAAAUGCAUCUGGUCAUGCUGCUUCAACGCAUUUAGCACAAGCAUCCUCCUCCAGUCCUGAGGCACGUAAUAAAAGCAAAGAUACCUCUGCCACAGCUUCACCACCAACGCCUAAAAAGAGCAAAAAGCAGAAGCUAAACACUGAUGUCUAUAAUGAACCAUUCAGUACAGCAACAUCCUCCAAACCACUCACCUCAAAGCACAAGAAGGGAUCAUCGCCUCCUCCUUCAUCUGCUUCCAUUAAAAGAGAAAAACCAGGACUUAAACCAGGCAGAAAAACAAAUGCAGCCCACACGUCCAAGACAGCAACGCCUGCAUCUUCAUCCAUAACAACAUCCGCAGAGAAUGGCAGUAGACAUACCAAGGAAGAAGAUGAUCAAGCCAUCACUACAUCUGCUAAUUAUAUGAAGGGCCAACCUCUGUUCAAAUACACCACCUUUCCUGUCAAGGGUUAUAAUAUUCUGCCAACACGUAACAUCACCAGUAACUACGCCAAAAAUGAUACUUCCUACUUUCCUGGCCAUAAAGCAGGCAGUGACGAACUGCUACCCAAUGCAGAGGAGGAAUGGAGAGACACAAUCGUUAUUCACCCAGGCUCACGUAAUCUGAGAAUUGGUCUUGCAUCAGAGGCGUUUCCCAUCUCUGUGCCUCAUGUCAUUGCUAGAAAAUUAAAGACACCAGUGAAUACAGCAGACGAUCAUAUGGACAUUGAUCAGCCCGAGGUGAACCAGGAGGAAUACGAUUACGCAUUAGAGGAGAUCAGAGGCGAGUUAAGAUGGCGUAUGAAGAAUGCAAAACGUAGAGCAGUGCCCAACGCAGAAGGCCAAGUGAUUGGCUUCAAUGCCACAGCUGUCAAAGAGACGAUUCUCGAUCACAACGACCCUUACAAAGUAGAGUGGACAGAAGUCAACAAGGACAUUCCUUAUUUUGUGGGCGAAAAGGCUUUGAAUGUACCAGUAUCCAAAAAUUCUUUAUACAGCGUUCGAUAUCCAUGGAAGAAUGGCACCUUGAACAAUCAAGACUACACAUCUGUCAAUGAAGUCUUGAGUGAUUUGGAAGCUAUCUGGUCAGAUGUCAUUGUGAAUGAUCUAGAAGUGGAGAGAUCUGAAUUCAAGGAUUGCAAUGCAGUAUUGGUUAUUCCUGACAAGCUAGACCAUAGUUACAUUUGUGAUCUAGUCACCAUGAUGUUACGCUAUAUGAAGUUCAAGGCAGUGAUUGUGCAGCAGGAGUCAACGGCUGCCACUUAUGGUGCUGGUGUAUCGAGUGCAGUCGUAGUGGAUAUUGGAGCACAAAAGACCAACAUUGUCUGUAUAGAAGAUGGUGUAUGUCAGUUAGAGUCCCGUAUCUCCAUUCGCCUUGGUGGGGACGAUAUCACAAAGACAUUUGCGUCAUUUUUACUCAAAAACAAGUUUCCCUAUGCAGACAUUGAUCUCUCAACAACUUACGACUGGCGAUUAGCAGAGAUAUUGAAAGAGAAAUGGUGCACAAUGAACGAAGCUGACAUCAGUGUGCAAGUGUACGACUUUUUUGCUCGUACGCCUUUCAAGCCAACACUCAAAUAUCAAUGCAAAGUCUAUGAUGAGGUGUUUUUGGCCCCUCUUUGUCUUGUUUAUCCCAACAUUUUGCAGCCCAAAAGCAAAAAGGCAAAUUGGGUCAACAAAAAUGUCACUGACGAUGUCAUUGAAGAUGCCAACAAUUCAAGCAGUAACAAUGCGAAUGGCCAGGAUGAUACAAAAGAUUAUGACUCUUUCCCUAUCGAUGUUGCUAUCGCCCAGUCCAUUGUAUCAGCAGCGAAUGGAUCUGAAGAGAAGCUCAAGAGAUAUUUUACCAGUAUUAUUCUCGUUGGCGGCGGCGGCAAAGUGGUUAAUUUCAGUCGUGUCUUGGAAGACCGUGUUCUCUCAACCAUCAUUGCACAAAGGGCAAAUAUCGAUCGUGUUGAAGUGGUUCCAGCACCGAGAGAGUUAGACCCUGAAGUGCUGGUGUGGAAGGGUGCUUCUGUGAUGGCCAAGCUAGAUUCAGCCAAGGAUAUGUGGAUUGCUGAUGAUGAAUGGGAGCAAGUAGGGGCUAGAUGCUUGAGAGAGAGAGCACUAUUAAUGUAG